AUGAAUCGAAAUAACUUCUUCGACGCGCAGUAUUCACAGGAGGACCUGCAGCGGCGGGUGGCACAACGAAGAGCAAAUGGGACCGGACCACAAUUGAACGAUGGCCCGAUGGAUAUGACGGGCAUGAUGGGAGGCGGGGACUCGCUGGAUGAUAUUAUAUUGCAGAAUAAUAAUGAGAUGAGGCGGCAGAGUUUACCACAAGGAUAUGGGAGCCAGGACAUCGAUCGCAGAGCCUCCAUGAUGGAGUUCGGUUCGGGCAAUGGGACUUUGAAUGGAUUCCAAUUUGGCCCAUCAACAGCAACCACGGACCGAAGUAUACGAGCCAUGAACAUGGCGGGCCAACCAAUGGAAUUUUCGUCUCCGAUGCAGGCACAAGGUUCACUCGCGAUCAAUACUAACUCUCCGUUCUCACAAAUUUCGACCGAUAUGAUGGGGAACAUGAUGGGAUAUGCUCCAAUGGGUAUAGAAGGCAUCAAUGAAGAAGAUUCUAGUGUUAUGAGUGCCAAUGCGAUGAACAUGUUCUCGCCAACACAAUUUCCGCAGCAGUACGCACCUACAUCUGGCAUGGAGGGAAUGGGACCUGAUUUUAUAAUUCAAUCGAAUAUGGCGCAAAACAUACCUCCACGUCGAAACAGCAUGCCGAGCAACGAUGGUUUACCAAACAUGACCAAUGCCUCAAUCACCAAUGGACCAAAUGUCAAUUCGCCAACAAAUAUGAAUAUGAGCCAGGCUAUGGUUUCCUAUGCAUCCCCGGUGGCAUCGACUGUCGCUCAAGCUCAACCAUCACAAAACUCGCCCUUCGCGGCUACUCUGGCACCAGAACAAUCUCAGUUCGUAUCACAAUCAACUGAGAUGGGACCAGUGAAGCCCCCAGAAGUCAAGAAGCCGAACUACGAAGGAAUCUAUUCUCAAAGUGGCUUUGAUAUGCUGGGAGCUCUCAUGAAAGUUGCAUCGAGAAAAGAUCCCGAAGUAAGCUUAGGCAAGGUCGAUCUGUCCUGCGCAUUUGUGGUUUGCGACCUUACAGCGUACGACUGUCCCAUCAUAUAUGUCUCUGAGAACUUUGAGAACUUGACAGGAUAUAACAAGCAUGAAGUCAAGGGCCAGAAUUGCCGAUUUCUCCAAGCACCUGACGGAAAAGUCCAGGCCGGUGCAACGCGACCGUUCACGGAUAACAACUCCGUGUACUAUCUGAGAAACAGGAUAGCAGAGAAGAAAGAGGCUCAGAUGAGCUUGAUCAAUUAUCGAAAGGGAGGUCAGCCUUUUAUGAACCUGUUGACCAUGAUACCGAUCACUGGAGAGGAGGGCGAUGAAUUAAAGUAUAUCGUCGGGUUUCAAGUUGAUUUGGUCAUGAAGCCAGCCUCGAUCGAAGCCAAUGGCGCGGGUGGCUAUUACACCAUCGAUUACUCGCAAAAUCAACUACCAGCAUACGUGUGGCAACCUCCCGAAAAGUUGCGAAUACAAUCGGACGGAGGCCAGACUAUCAGUCGGGAUGAUGUUUCCACCGUGCUGAACGCUGUGAAUACGAAAACGGAAUCGGAACUAACGAAACGAAUGUGGGACAAGAUUCUGCUGGAGAACACUGACGAUGUCAUUCACGUCUUGUCAUUAAAGGGCCUGUUCCUAUACCUAUCGCCAUCGAGCCGACAUGUCUUGGAGUAUGACGCCUCUGAACUAGUUGGUACUGCUUUAUCGUCGGUUUGCCAUCCUAGUGAUAUUGUGCCAGUUACUCGAGAGUUGAAGGAUACUUCGACUGGAGCUUCGGUGAACGUGGUAUUCCGAAUCCGGAGAAAAAGGAGCGGAUACACUUGGUUUGAAAGCCACGGAUCUCUGUGCGUUGAGCAAGGAAAAGGACGGAAAUGCAUAAUCAUGGUCGGCAGAGAACGACCUGUGUAUGCUCUUCACCGACGUGAUCUUGAGGCAGCCGGUGGUAUUGGCGAGAAUGAAUUGUGGUCCAAGCUAUCGACUUCUGGGAUGUUUUUGUUUGCUGCGACUAAUUUCCGGACACUCUUGGACCGAAACCCAGAUGACUUGGUUGGCACUAGUUUUCAGGCAUUGAUGCGGAAGGAAUCAGGUGUUGAGUUUGGACGAGCCCUGGAGAAAGGACGAACUGGGCAGCGGGUGACUCACAAGCAUGACAUCUUCAAUCGGAAGGGUCUUGUUCUACAAGCACAGACAACUCUAUACCCUGGCGAUGCUUCUGAAGGUCAAAAGCCUACCUUCCUGGUAGCACAAACUAGACUAUUGAAGUCAUCAUCUCGGAACGUCGCUCCGGCACUCACAAACAACACUAGCAGUACUUCUGCAAGUCCCAUGGCUAGGAUGGAUCAUAUGUCCGAAGAUUCGACUCCAAUGACACAGUCGUCUAAUAUCACCAAUAUUCAAGCUGGUGGGUCUGGCUUGCCAAUCGGCUCGCAAGAUCUUGCACUCGCUUCUGAAGACAACAUUUUUGAUGAGCUGAAGACUACACGAUGUACGAGUUGGCAGUUCGAACUUCGCCAAAUGGAGAAGAGUAAUCGCCUUCUCGCUGAAGAGUUAGCGGUCCUGCUCUCAAGCAAGAAGAAGCGGAAGCGGCGUAAGGGCAAGGGGAAUCCGACACGUGAUUGUGCAAAUUGCCAUACCAGAGUGACACCUGAAUGGCGCCGGGGACCAAGCGGACAGAGAGAUCUAUGUAAUAGCUGCGGGCUGAGAUGGGCUAAACAGACCGGCCGCGUUUCUCCCCGACCUUCCACCCGCGGCGGUAACUCCAGCGAUAACACAAAACAAUCCCAAUCCACCUCCCCAGCCCAUUCCUCGCCCCUCCAACAAGAAGUCUCGCAAUCCAGAUCCGAACGACCAAAUCUGAACGCGGCCCCGAGCGGAGCGGGCGAUGUAAAGGGUGACGGUGCUGCUAUUCCAGGCAGUCUGGGAGGGAGGACCACGACGGAGAGUAUCCCGGUCCAUAUGCCGAGUCUGGGAUACAGGGAGGGUGGACAGAGGGGUAUUACAAAUAUCGAUGAGAGGGACGAGAAUGAUGUUUGAGUGAGAUCGUGUUGCAAGUUCAGAGGGAUGUGGUAUCAAAUCCAAGGAAGGAGGACUUCAAACUAUGACGAUUUGCAGGACACGAUAGGGCAGCGCAACAUACAAACAGAAUCAGGUGCAAACGUAGUGGGCACUCAAGAAAGGAAAACCCGCCCAUCCUUUUCUCCUUUUGCUUUUUGUUAAUAAUGACGUUCUACGAACAACGAACAAAUGGCUGGCGCAUGGCGCUUAAUGGACGACAGGCAAGGCAGGGGUGGUGGCAAUUUGCAGAAUUUUUGUUUGAUGUUGUUGUUAGAUUACAUAUCUGGGUGCUUGGUGG